CUAAUUCUAAGUUGAAACCUUAAAAAUCGAUAUUUCACACACCUACAAGCUUCCAUUGGCCAUGUCUAAACCUUUUCAAACACCAUUACACUAAGCUUCUAUUUCUCCCAUAUACAAUAUUCCCCAUGUCCACCCUUAUGCAAUUCUCAAUCAAAUUUUCACACUUCAAUUUCCUCCAUCAUGGUAUAUACAAAACACAACCCACUUUUUCUUUCUCUCAUAUACACCCAAAGUUUACAUCUUUUCAUCUGGGCAGCUUCAGGCUGAGAGCAAUCAGAGUAUGCAGGAAUAGAAGCUCCUUUUUGGGAAAUACAGUGUUUAAAAAUGGGGGUUUGUUGGAGGAGAAGAGGUGCAGGAAGGAAAAGAGAGUUGUUUUGGUGAAAAAUAAUCAAGGGUUUGGUUUCAAUGGUGGUGGUGGUGGUGGUGGUGGUGGAAGAGAUGAUGGUGGCACUGCUAAGAUUUUGGGAAAUCUUGCUUUGGCUGUUGGGUUAACUUAUCUUUCAAUGACUGGACAAUUUGGUUGGAUUUUGGAUGCUAUUGUCUCCAUUUGGAUCUUUGUAGUGUUAGUACCGAUAGUAGGUCUUGUUGCUUUCAUCUGGUGGGCAGGAAGAGAUAUAAUGAAAGGCACUUGUCCAAACUGUGGAAAUGAUUUUCAAGUUUUCAAAUCCACUUUGAAUGAUGAAUUGCAGCUGUGCCCGUUUUGCGGUCAGCCUUUUUCUGUUGAUGGCGAUGAGUUUGUAAAGGAAUCUGUGAAGUUUUCAAACCAAUCUACAACAUUUGGACAAGCAUUCGACAAUUUCUCACGUUCUAGAAAUGACAACGAUUCUGGUAGAGCAAUCGAUGUUGAAGCCGAAAUAAAAGAUGCAGAUUGAGUCUUCACAGAGGUGAGUAUACUGAAGUCAUGUCUCAUUCAGUUAAACGUGUCGUGGCUUGCAUUUUCUGGGUGCUUCAGGCGCAACGAGUGAAGCCACAUAUUAGAGAGAAGAGUGUAGUGAGCAGAGUAACACAUUGUAAAAUGAUAGGAAUAGUGAGCUGAGUAGCAUUACAAUUGUAAUAUAAGUUUUGAUAGUGAUGUUUCUCUUUCAGAUAUCACACUAUUAUUUUGGUUUAUAAAAAUGCUUCUUCAAUUUA